CACUCUUCCAUCCCCAUAAAUACUAGUGUCCCACCAUGAAGACUCGGUACUAUAUGUAACUGUAUGUAUGACAAGGAGGAUGUUCUCAAUAAUGGUCCCGCCAAAAUGGAACCUCUUCAAGUUCAGGCGACUCCAUAGCAGGCACCUCUGUACUAUCACCGUUGGUCCUUAUUCUCCUCCACGCUUGUCUCUUCUAGCCGACCAAUGCACUUCAAUGUACCAACUCAAGCAAAUCCAUGCCCAAAUGAUCAUCACUGCCCGUAUCCACGACAAUUAUGCUGCCAGCCGCUUACUAACCUUCUGUGCUCUUUCGGAAUCCGGUAACCUUUCUUAUGCCUUAAAACUUUUUGAUAGUAUCAAUGAACCCAAUUCAUUCAUGUGGAACACUCUCAUUAGAGCUCAAGCUGGUAGCUCAACUCCCCAACAAGCCUUGCUCCGUUAUGUAAAAAUGCGAAGGCUUUGCGUCAGUCCCGGCAAACAUACAUUCCCUUUUGUACUCAAGGCUUGUUCUAACUUGAUGUGUAUUUCUGUUAGUAAACAAGUGCAUUGCCAUGUCAUUAAAUUCGGGUUGGAUUUAGAUUUGCAUGUUGUUAAUGGUUUGACCAGAGUAUAUUCUGUUUGUCGUGUAUUAAAGGAUGCACGGAGAGUGUUCGAUGAAAUUACUGAGCGAAAUUUGAGUAUUUGGACGACGAUGAUUUGUGGGUUUGCUCAGAAUGAUAGGUAUAGUGACGCUAUUCAGUUGUUUGAGCGUAUGCUUGCAGAUGGAAUCGAGCCCAAUGGAGCUACCUUGGCUUCUGUUUUGUCAGCUUGUGCUCAGUCGGAUAGUUUGCAAUUAGGAGAACAGAUUCACGUAUAUAUGGAAGAAAAAGGGAUAGAAUUAGGAGUGAUUCUUGGCACGGCGUUAGUGAACAUGUAUGCAAAGAAUGGUGCCAUAGUAGAAGCAAAGAAGUGUUUCAGUGCUAUGCGAGAAAGGAAUAUUGCAACUUGGAAUGCAAUGAUUUGUGGUUUAGCUGCUCAUGGGCAUGCGAAAGAAGCAAUUAACUUCUUUAAGAAGCUAGAACAAGAAAAAGUAAAGCCAAAUGAUAUUACACUAGUUGGGGUUCUGUCAGCAUGCUGCCAUGCCGGAUUGUUUGACUAUGGUGAAGGAAUAUUUCACUCCAUGAAAGAGUUGUAUGGUAUAGAGCCCAAGAUUGAGCAUUAUGGAUGUGUGGUUGACAUCCUUGGGCGUAAUGGGAAACUGCUAGAAGCUGAGCUGCUCAUAAGAGGAAUGGUUUUGAAGGCUGACGUGGUUAUCUGGGGAUCCUUAUUACAUGCAUGUCAGAGCCAUGGAAACAUAGAUAUUGCAGAACGAGUUGUGAAAGAAAUUCUGCUUUUGAAUCCAAAUAGUCAUGGUGUUUAUGUUGUUUUAUCUAAUAUGUAUGCAGAGGCUGGAAGAUGGGAGGAUGUGGUAAAACUAAGGAAGCAGAUGAAAGAGGGAAGCUUAAAGAAAACACCGGGUUGGAGCCUUGUAAAUGGUGCUACAUAAGUUUGUUCAUCAUUUAUAGAAUAUUUUGAAGGAGAUCGUAGUUUCGGAUUUCACGGCAAUUGCCAUUCGGACCUGUAUGUAUCACAUCUGUGUGUAAUACGACCAUCAGAUAAGUUCCUUUAGGUGGACUGGAGUUUUUGGAUUAAAGUGAAUAUCAAAACAAGUCUUACCUGAAGCAUGAACCUUCUUGCGUCCUUAUUCAAUCUUUGUUGAAUGGGCUUCCUGUAACCAGAAUGACAUGGCAACAUUAGCACUUUCUUUGACAUUCCUCAGGCAGUAUUACCUCUCUCAGGAAAACUUUUUAGGCUCCAACGGCUCCGUCCAAAAUUCUGGAGGAGGAUUCACAUUAAUAAUGUUGAAGAUGACAAUAUCCUAUGACGGAUAAGAGCUACUUGAGUAGAAGACAUAUACAAGCAAGUCUCAGAAAGAGGAUAUUUUGAAGACCAAGGGAUAAUCCACAGCAGCUUUAAUUUCUCUUGAUUGUAAAGAGAACCAUACCUGGGGGCGCUCCAGCUUUCUGCUGCUGGAUACGAGCAUUAUUGCAGGGACAAACAAGCAAUGCUGCCGGUUCAAGAAAUUACGAUGAAAAAAUACUUAUUUUAAGUGGUACCGCAAACAUAAAACUGCUUACUUUUUCUCAGUUCCCUGGCUCUUCAGAUUGCUCCUGAUAAUGGUAUUACUCUUUGAAACAUAGGUAUAAUGAGAAUCCGGGAAAUCCGUAGAUAUUCUAGAUAGUACAAUUCAGACCUGGGAUUGUAAUCGAGGAACUUUUCCCAAAGGGCAAAGGCACACCUGAUAUCAUUGCUGGGAGCCACAAAUGUGUGAAAGAAAAAUCUGAUUAGGAGGGUUCUGUUGCAUUAAUCUGCUUAACUUAGCAUGUCGCAGCAAUGGAACCAGGAUGGCAAAUUGUCAUCGAAUGACAGUGGAAAGUCAGGAUGUCCCACAACAUUUAGCUUCCAAAGCCAGACAAUAAAGGUGCUGUCUUUCUUCCUCAUCAGAUAUUGAUGUUGCUUUAGCACUUCUGAUGGAAUAAUACGACGUACUGUUCUAUUUUUUCUACGCCUUGUAACCUUCAUGCAUUUACAUCUUGCUGUCUAGCUCCAUGCAUGAAAUGAUACUUUGGCUCAACCAAUUGGACAUACUGUACUCCAUUUCAAUCAAGAACCUUUGCUGUCUGCUCCACUUCUGUUCCCAUUCUGACAGUCGGUAUUCCAGUCAGAUGUUUUGGUUGAGUACUACUAACAUCUUAUUAAUGCCGCAAGAAUUCGCAUCCGACAGAAGUUUAUACUAUCAAUUUUAAACUGGAGAACAUUUGAUUCAGCGAGGAAAUAUUACCCUGUAAAGUUGGUCAGUGUUUGGUAUUUCUACUUGUUACUGCUGUUUACAAGGAACACCAAAUUGCAAGUUGUGCAGUCUGUCCAAACCAAACACUUAAAAGUAAAGUUUUAACACAAUUAUUUUGGUA